UUUCUCUUUCUGUGAUGUACUUGUGUGAUCCACUGAUUCCAUACUUUAGGAGGAUUCUAUAAUAAUCCUGUUUUCUAUUAUAAUGUCAGCCUGUUACCUUCCCUAUCCCAGUUACAUUGGCAUUCCUUUAUAAUAUUUCGACACACUAUUUCCCUUUUUUAAUACUGUAAAGCUGCUUUGACACAAUCUGCAUUGUAAAAAGCGCUAUAUAUACAACAACGACUUGAUUUAUAUCCUGCAACUCCUGCAGCUCAUCCAAGGAAAAGGCUCGUGACGUCGCCAGCAGCUGGAGCCGGAUAUCCGCCACGACCGGAUAAAUCCCAUAUUUGGGCAUUCUUAGCAGGAGCAAUGGCAGCUUACAUUGUGUGCGAACGGCUAGCUUGACGCUGAUUGUGUAGUGUAAAUGAUCGAUUUUAAGACAUUUUCAACCCAUGAUCGAGACGGAUGAGUGGCGGAUUGGAACGUAUAUAUUUUUGAAAAUGUCAAAAACCAAGUGCUAGCGACCGCUCCGUCAAACCACUACCAAGCCGAAACCACUUAGCACGGCGUUAGCAUCCUCCACACCGUUUGCGUAUUUUCUCGCUAUUCGCAACUCCCCCGACUCUCACCCGGUAUCAGCCGCUCUCCAUGCCCGAGGAUGAACAGCUUCUCCCUCGGCGAGUUGUGUUGGCUCUUCUGCUGCCCGCCGUGUCCGAGUCGCAUCGCGGCUAAGCUGGCGUUUCUGCCGCCUGAGCCCACCUACUCCGUCCACACAGACGCGAGCGGCGCGACGAGCCUGCAUCUCACCGAGCGCGCUGACUGGCAGUACUCCCAACGCGAGCUGGACGCCGUCGAGGUGCUGGUGACCCGAACCAGCCGCGGAAACCGGGUCGGCUGCAUGUUCGUCCGCUGCGCGCCCGCUAGCCGCUACACGCUGCUGUUCUCUCACGGGAACGCCGUGGAUCUGGGCCAGAUGUGCAGCUUCUACAUCGGACUCGGCUCCAGGAUCAACUGCAACGUGUUCUCCUAUGAUUACUCGGGUUACGGGGUCAGUACCGGGAAACCUUCCGAGAAGAACCUAUACGCUGAUAUCGAAGCGGCCUGGCAGGUGCUGAGGAACAAGUAUGGAGUGACUCCGGAAAACAUCAUCUUGUACGGUCAGAGCAUAGGGACAGUGCCGACGGUGGACCUGGCGUCCCGGUACGAGUGCGCGGCGGUGAUCCUCCACUCUCCCCUCAUGUCCGGCUUGCGUGUGGCCUUUCCCGACACACGCAAAACCUACUGCUUCGAUGCCUUCCCGAGCAUCGACAAGGUGUCAAAGGUGGCGUCUCCAGUGCUGGUCAUCCACGGCACAGAAGACGAAGUGAUCGAUUUCUCCCACGGUUUGGCCAUCUACGAGCGAUGUCCGCGUGCCGUGGAGCCUCUGUGGGUGGAGGGCGCCGGGCACAACGACAUCGAGCUUUACGCUCAGUACCUCGAGAGACUCAAACAGUUUAUCACGUUCGAGCUGGCUACCUCCUGAAGCCGAGGCGCGCACACACUCACUCACACGUGUCGUGUAGGGUUCCCCUUUACCCAGGGCUGAGGACGCCAUCAGUACUUGCACUUGCUGAUAAAAAAAAAAAGCUGAAGUCUCUCUAUUUAGGAGCGGGGCGUUUUGAUGAUUUCGAACCACUCUCUAUUAUUUUAUACUUGAUAAAAAAACGCUAACAUUUUGCACCGCAUUCAAUACGUUGUAUUUGACUAUUUGAUAUUUCCUCUUGGUUUUCUGCUAAUGUUUUUUUUUUAAAUGCUCCUCAAGGGUUAAUUAAACUGCACUUUUAUUGUGCUGGUGUUUUCAGGUUAUUAUAUUUUUGUUUUCGAUUAUCUUGUUUUUUUUUGGGGGGUGGGAAUUGUCAUAGCAUUCCGUUUUAUGUUUCACGUUGAUUAGGACAAGAUCAACCAGUGACUGACUUUUUACAUGGCCAGUUUAUGUGUGUGUUUGUGUUUAGGCACGUUCAUACGCACAUGUGUUUGUGUGGUAAAGGCCGCUGACUGUUCGGCCGAAAUAAUUGUAACUUGGGCUAAUUAAGACCUGUGGAAGUGACUUGACCCAUAAAUAAUAAAGACGUACUGUCUGUGAUUUCGAAUACAGUGGGGAAGAGGAGUCGUAUUGUCUUUUCAGCUGUGAAACACAUUGCUUUGUCGCAACACAGCAUUCAGGGCAUUGUUUCGGUGCAAACACUACAUCGUUCUAAUCGUGGGUUGUAUUAAAAAUGUGAAACUUUAAGCUCUCUCUGUUGCU